AUGGCCACUUUUGCGACAAUGAGCAACGGAAAGAACAGGGUUCUUUUCCCACGUGGAGGAUGGGACACUCAUCAUCAUAUAUUCGAACCUGAGUCGUUCCCCUACUGCCCAAAUAGGCACCUAACUCCGCCCCCCGCGACUAUUGCCUCUUUUCAGACAUUCAAGAAAAGUUUGGGUAUCACAAAGUCUGUCCUCACACAUGGCUUGUCUUAUGGGGAUGAUAUAAGUUCCCUGAAGGCUUUCGUACCACGACUGGACGUACAAAAUACCCGAGCAAUCGGCGUCAUCAACCCAGAAACGGUGACAGAUGACGAGUUGCAUGCCAUGCACGAGGCAGGUGUAAGAGGUCUCCGUGUUAAUCUGUACCGAUACAAUGCCAUGGAGGACGUGGAGCUCCAAAAGGUCGCUCUCGACGCUCAUCUAAAAAGAAUAACAUCCUUAUCCUUGCCCUGGAGUCUGACGAUUACAACCAUUCGGACUGAUUUCUGGGAUGACUUGAGGCCUUUUGUUCAAGGAGUCAUUGCGAAACAAGGGGUGCCGUUAGUCACGGAUCAUUUCGCGCUGUUAAAGGCCCCAAGUCUUCUUCCGGCAGAGUACCGCGGCGAUCCAACAAAGCAGCCUGGUUUCGACGCCAUUAUGGAGCUGGUUAGAGAUGGCCAUCUUUGGGUGAAACUGAGCGCCCCGUAUCGUAUAAGUGAGCUGAAGCCAGACUACUCGGACGUCAGGUUCUUGGUUCGUGCGUUUGUAGACGCGAACAAGCACCGCGUAAUCUGGGGGAGCGAUUGGCCACAUACGCCACGGAUGAAGGUGCGGACGCACGAAGCGGCCAUGAAAGAGACACCUUAUCUGGAUGUUGACGACGCCGCAUGGCUGAACAACUUGAGAUCUUGGUUAUCAGACGAAGAAUGGGAUUUGCUCAUGGUUCAAAACCCAGCAAAAUUAUUCGGACUAUAA